AUGGCUCGAGCGCCGCCGCGCUUCGUGCGCCGCGCGCAACUGCGCGUCGCAUGCCUUCAGUUGUGCAGCAGCGAGAAGCACGCGGCUGCCGCGCGACGGCGACGGGACCAGCAGUGCACCAUCUUUUGUCAACUCAUUGGUCUUCGCCACGAACGCGUCGCGCACGUGCUCGCGACGCAGGCGCAGUACGUUGCGCGGACCGCCGGGCGCAAGGUGAUGCUCGCCGCGCUCCGGGUCGCCGAGCUGCAACAUGCGCAAGCCCAGGCGGCGCAUGCGCGCUGGCUCCAUACACAGCGCGUGCGCGAGCGGCGGGACCAUACAGCGCAGUUUCGUGCCCAGUGCCUUCGGUCGCGCUCGUUUGUGCGGCUUCGGUCGGCCGAGAUCCGUCGGGCGCUGCAUCUGGCGGCGAUCCGCGCCGGCGCCGACGAAGCGGCUGCGAAGCGUGACGCCGCGCGCCUCCGCGUGCAGUUUGCCACCGAGUCGCUUCGGGCGCAUCUUGAGUUUCGUCUUUUGCGCGCCGACGAGAAGCGUCUUUUAUAUAUGGCCGACAAGGUCGCGGCCGCCAUUUUCUUUGCUGCCCAAGGCGAGAUUGUGCGUCGGCGGCUCGCGAGCAGGGAAGAGGCGCGUCGACUGACGUACGCGUACGGCAUGGAGAGCGCAGGCUUGCGCACAUCGAUUGCUCGGACGCAGCGCGCGCGGUCGCACCUCCUCGCACGCGCACUCGUCGCCGGGCGGCAGAAAUACCUCGCCGACGCGCGGGCCGAGCGCGGGUUCGUCGCAGCCAUGCGCCAUGGAAACGCUGCCGACCGUCGAGACGACGUGCGCGAGGCCAAGCAAGAGACGGCGCGACGCACGAUCCAGCGCGUGACGUUUGCGCGCCUUGAGCGGCAGUCGACGGACGUUGUCGACGCGGCCGUCAAGACAGCGAUGGCAGCGACGAUCGCGCUCCACGCCGAACGGCGGCGCGUGGCACUACUCCAAGCGCGGGCAGUUGGCGCGCGGGCGCAGAGUCGACGGGCCCGUGAUGUGGCGCGGGUCCAAAAGCUCGCGCGCCGCAUCGAAGCGCUCGCGCUCCGCGAGCAGAGCCAGCAGCGCCUUGACGAGAGUGCCAAGCGGCGAGCAAUGCUCUUGGCCCAACGCAAGCUCGGGCUGAGCGCGAGCCAGCUCCAGCCGUUUGCAGGUCUCGUCGUCGUUGGCACCGCCAUCCCGCUGCCCUACUCGGCAUGA